AUGUCGGGCGACCACAAAACUUUGAUAAAAGGCAGUCCAUCGCAAUAUGUAAAGCUAAACGUGGGUGGUACACUGUUCUAUACAACUAUCGGUACACUGACCAAGAGCGAUAACAUGUUGAGAACGAUGUUCAGUGGCCGGAUGGAAGUACUGACAGAUUCGGAAGGCUGGAUACUCAUUGAUCGAUGUGGUAAACACUUUGGCACCAUACUGAAUUAUCUUCGUGAUGGUACUGUUGCCCUGCCAGAUAGUUACCGUGAAAUCAUGGAGCUCUUGGCAGAAGCCAAGUACUUUUUAAUUGAAGAACUGACUGAGUCUUGUCAGCAGGCGUUGGCUAAAAAGGAACGAGAAGCUGAACCUAUUUGCAGAGUUCCUUUGAUCACUUCACAUAAGGAAGAACAAUUGCUAAUAAUGUCAACUUCUAAGCCUGUUGUCAAACUCUUGAUUAACAGACACAACAACAAAUAUUCAUACACAAGUACAUCAGAUGACAAUUUGCUGAAGAAUAUCGAGCUAUUCGACAAGCUGUCACUGCGCUUCAGUGGGCGUGUAUUGUUCAUAAAGGAUGUGAUUGGCUCAAAUGAGAUCUGCUGCUGGUCAUUCUUUGGACAUGGAAAGAAGUGCGCAGAAGUCUGCUGUACAUCCAUUGUCUAUGCUACUGACAAAAAGCACACUAAAGUAGAAUUCCCUGAAGCCAGGAUAUAUGAAGAAACAUUGGGAAUUUUACUGUAUGAGAGCAGGAAUGGACCUGAUCAAGAUUUAAUACAGGCAACUUCAUCACGUGGUGCCGUUGGUGGACUGUCCUGCACUAGUGAUGAGGAGGAGGAGCGAUCUGGAUUAGCGCGACUUAGAUCAAAUAAACAGAAUAAUCAAUCUUAG